CCGGCGGGAAGCGGAAGCGCAGACUCGGACAUAAAAAACAGAUGUGGAAGGUAAAGUGAAUGGGCACUUCAGUUGGUUGAUGGGAAGAAAACUGGUUCAAACUGUUCAAAGGCCAGGACAAGAGAACAAGCUAUCAGCUAAAGGAGAAAGCUGGCUGUUCCAUUUCCAAGCUGCUUUUCUUUGAUUGUAGAAUUUCGUUUUCCUUCGUUGCAUUCCUUUCAGGCUGCUUUGAGUUUCAGAAGUCAGCCAUGGGCAUUAAAGGUUUGCAGUGGUUUGUGACAAACAUUUGCCCCGAUGCAUGCAGAGUAGUAGAUCUGAGACAGAUGGCAGAAAAACAUCACAUCAAUCAUCCCAAUGGCCCGCCUGUUAUUGUAGUCGAUGCCAUGUGUUGUGUUAAAUACUGGUACACACCAGAAUCCUGGGUGUGUGGUGGCCAGUGGCUAGAGUACCUUGUCAAUUUAGAGAAUUUUAUUAAAGCUUUUAUGGCAGCUGGUAUCAAGUUGGUGUUUUACUUUGAUGGAGUGGUAGAAGACAAGAAAAGAGAUAAAUGGAUCGAACGGAGGUUGCAGAAUAACAAGGAAAUAGCAACAAUAUUUCAGUUUAUCAAGACUCACAGGAAGCAACCAGAGAGAGGAAAUAUCACUAUUCCUUCAGCUUUGCCUACUUUUACACGUUAUGCCCUGAAGUUGCUUGGUCAAAAGACAGUAUGCACAUUGCAAGAGGCAGACUUUGAGGUGGCUGCAUAUGGUUUGCAACAUAACUGCAUGGGAAUUCUUGGGCAAGAUAGUGACUACCUCAUCUAUGAUACGUGCCCUUACUUUUCCAUUGAGAAGCUCCGUUUGGACAGACUGGUCACUGUUAUGUACUCUCGAGAAGAUCUUUGCCACUCCUUGGGUCUUAGUUUGACACACCUCCCUCUCUUUGCUUGCUUGCUUGGCAAUGAUGUUGUUCCAGAAAACUUUUUGGAAGACUUUUGGCGUAAAUGUUUGGCCACCAGUCCCCACAGGAAUAACAGCUACAGCAGAAGAAUAAACACACUUCUGGCUGUAGCAAAUUACAUCUCCAAAGUUCCAUGCUCAUACGACAGCCUGAAACACUUGGAAGAGAUGCUACCUUUGGGAUCAGACAAGACAUUACUUUACAAAGGCGUGGGGUCCUAUCUUUUGCCCGGGCAGCAGUCUCCAUGGAUUCCUCCCAGCUUUACAAAUUGCCAAAUGUUCUGUCUUCAAGAACAAACAGACAUGUGUCAAGAUAAAGAAAUCUUUCAGGUAGCUAAAGAACAGCAUAUCCAAUCUGAAAACUAUGCCAUCUUCAGUAUCUUAAGCAGUGGAGAGAUUGAGUGCAGCAACUCUUUGGAAGAUGAAUGUGACACAGAGAUUCCUGGGCAGGCACUUAUCUACCGCCCUGCUCGUCAGCAUAUUUAUUCUAUCUUAUUGGAAUCUGGAAAAGGUGGAGCCUAUCCUUUGGUAAAAGAGUGGUUUGUCUAUUUUGGAAAUCCUCUCCAGCAGCCGGAGCUGAUACAACCUGUACAACCUUUUAUUCCAGGUGGAACACCUAAUUUAAAAACACUGUGGUUUGCCAAAGGACCUGAUGUGGAAAAGCAACGGUAUAGUACAUUUCUGGCAUGCUUUCACCUUCAGGAGGGAAUGGAAGAGCUCCAAGCUCUAGAAGCACCUGUUGCAGCAUUCUGCUGCUUGCUGGCUUAUCUUAUGAUGCAGGUCAGUAGCCUUUCUGUGGAGGACUUAAAUGCAUUUCUGGCACUUGUUCUCUGCCUCAAAGGAAAGUCAGCUGCUCAACUGGAGUGUUUGCAGCUAGCACAAGUGGACUCCAGAGCUGUACAUCUUGGUGCUGUUCUCAUUCGUGGCCUUACAACUUUGCUCAUGGCUAAUAGUGCCUGUGGCUUUCCAUUCAAAAUGGAUGAUUUGAUGCCUUGGAAAGUGUUUGAUGGAAAACUUUUUCAGAAGAAAUACCAGCAGUCACACCGAGGUUGCUCUUCUGAAGAGCUUUUGGAAGGCAAUGUAGAGAAUAUAGAUUGGGACAUCCAGACUGGAGGAGAAGAUUUCAGCGUCCUCCUCAGUAAAGAACACAUGUGUACAGAUCAUCCAGAUGACCCUACUCAUUACUGGAAGUGGAUGAAAAUGGAUAAGAAAAAAAGAUACACUUUUAUGAAGAAGUUCAUAAAAACUUCAUCAGUAUUUCAAAAAUGGUGCUGGGAAGGCUCUCAUCAGAAAUUUAUCAUGAGCUUAGAGAAGUCAAUUACAGAAUGUUGUGAAACAAUUCUACAAUUUAGGUUCGGGACAGUAUUGUUUGGAGCAUUCUACAAAAAUGUUUUUGUAAAAACUACUUCACUGUCAUGAAAAAUGAUCCUUAGAAAAAUUAUGUUUAAAAAGUAGAAGUCUGUCCUAUAUGUCGAAGAGGGACGCAAAACUUUUAAAAUUAAUUCAUCUGGUUCUGUUAUGAGAACUAUUAUGUCUCUUCUGUUAAACCUUCAUGCUGUGUGAGUCUGAAAGUGUCCAGUCUAAGACAAAAAAGGGUAUUUCUAAAAGUGUUUUCAAUCAUAUCACAGUUAAAAAAAUGUUACUUUUCUGUCAUGUGGUUUACUUUCAUAGUUCCUCAAUGUCAGAGAAUGAGAAAAGAGUAGCUAAAACAUUCCAGAAAGUUAGAAAAAUAGUUUCUGUGUACAAAACAGCUACAUCUUUAAUUUCCUAUAAUUCUGGGGCCUUUCAGAGCCAAGUCAAAUGCAUAGUCCUCUCCUGGAAUACCUGGAAUUCUCCUCAAUAUGUAGUCAUUUAUGAAACAUUGAAAGUUUAUGCCAGGCCUUGUAUAAAAUAUGUGGUUUCAGCCUUAAAGAAAUCAGCGUAAGCCUCUGGCCAGUAUGAUUUUGAAGGAAGUUCAAAAUCAAUGGGAAAAAAAUAGGUAUUUUCAAUGCAUUCUUUUUUUUUUUUUCUCUAAGUGACAGUUGCUUGAAGCACACAGGGUAAUUUUUUUCCCUGUCAACAUCAUUAGUGCAUCUCUUGCAGAUGUUAAUGUGUCAUGGUUUAAGCUCAGCUGGCAACAAAGCACAACAUAGCUGCUUGCUUACUCCUCCAUUCCCAGUGAUGGGAUGUGGAAGAGAAAAAGAUAAAGGCCUUGUGGAUCAAGAGAAGAACAAGGGUGGGAUCACUUGCCGAUUAUGGUCAUGGGCAAAACAGAAAUAAUGUGGGAAAGAAAACAAAAUCAGUUUAGUCUGCCACCAGUCAAAGCCAGAGUAGGACAAUGAGAAAUAGAACCAGAUCUUCAAAACAUCUUCCUGCCAUCCCUCCCUUCUUCCUGAGCUCAGAUCAUGGUUGUCUCUCAUCCCACUUCCUUUUCCUGCUGCAGAUUUUCCCUUCUUAAGUCGUGAUUGCAGAGACAUCCAGUUGGUUCAGCCUUGACCCAAGUCAGGUCUGACUUUGAACUAGGGGAGCUUCAAGUAGUUUCUUACAGGGGCCACCUCUACAGCUUCUCCCCCACUACCAAAAAAAACUCAGCACACAAAUCCCAUACACAGUGGCACCAUGGUUUCACUUCAUACUGCUAAGGCAGUCCCAGGAGAUCUAAGUAAAUGGACAGAGUACAGGUAGGGCAGUCGGGUAUCUCCUGUGUUAAUUUUAUCUGGUGUAUUGUUAAUCACAUGGAUUUUAUUGCUACUUUGGAGAUAUGUCUAUUUUUACAUUGGUUUGCAAGUACACUUGAAAUGUGUUUAGCACAAGGAAAAAGCAUUACUUUUAUAUUCAAAGAUAAAAUUUAGCUCUGAUUUUCAAGUCUAUUUUCAGAAGUAGUAUAGCUGUUGUACAUCUUACUCUCAUCUUUAUGGUAAUGUGAUGAUUAAUUUCAAUUCUGUUGAUUUGAGUCCAUUAUUGUUUGGUGAAUGUUGUUUCUUAAGCCUUAUGCAGGUAACUCCUUUGAGUCAGCUGCCAGUGGAACUUAUUCUGUUAGUUACUAUUUAGUACAUAUGUUGUGUCAAAGUGAUUAUUGUCAGACAUAGAUAACUCAAUAGUAUAAUUCCCUUGCAUGUAUUUUUCUGGUUUUAACCCAAUAAAUAUAUUCUUUCAUCCUCUGCAUACAGCAACAGUCCAGCUAAAAAAAAAAAAAAAAAAACAAAACGGGCAUCAAUACAGGAUUUCUGAUUCUUGUCAAAGUUUGAACAGGCACAACUUUUACUCAACACAGUGUCUGAUUUGUGUUCCAGGGAUCUUGUCAUGAUAGGACCAUUCCUGCUUCCUUUCUCUAUUGAUUUGUCACUGACUGAAAUUAUACUACCACUUUUAAAAACAACAAACAAAACAAGAAACAAACACUUUUUUCCCAAAAAAAUAUUUUGGAAUAAUGUGGUCUGAGUUUUAUGGAAAGUUCUCUAGUUUCAGGAAUCUCAUGAUCUGUAAUAGUGUAUUUGAAAAUAAUGUAACUGUUGGUGAUUCCCCCUUCAGGCUUUUAUAUGAGAAAAGAUUUCUGUUGACCUCAAUAAAGUUAAAUAAAGUUAGGGUGGAAGUUUUACUGUGCUAGCUGUGGUGUGUUACGAAUUGUUGGUAAUAAUUGCGCUAACUACUGAAGAAUUUUUAGCUUCUCUGUGAGGUUUUUUUUUCCUCCUAACGUUAGACCAUAAGCAGAAGCUGUUUAUUAUCAUUUCCA